AUGAGUGGAAGCAGGCCUUCUAGCUCCGCGGGCCUGUUUGUGCCGGGAACUGGCCCCGACUCACGUCCCGGAACUCCUUCGAAGAGAAGGAGCUGGAUGCCCGGACGGGUCCGGGCAAGCUCAGUAGACACUAGAACGGCACCCACUAGUCCUUCAUUACCCAGCGCUUGGAUUGCUGGGUUAGAUCAAAAAAUCUUAUAUGACCUGGAGCCUCUAUCCAGAGGGGAACAGAUUCCUGAAUUGUGGAAUGAAAAUGGCGACACCUUCGUCUAUCUUUUCCCCCAGAAUACAGGCAGACCCGCUUCCUUCAGAGUCGAUUCGACCGUCUUUGCCGAGUCGCCAUCCCUGAAUUUCCUAGCUCGGGGGACCGACCCCCGGGCCCCAGGAUCCAUCGAACAGCAAACUCGCAAUUUAUCACUGGCAUCCCCUGUCACGGGUCCUGCGUCACCGCCCCUGACUCCUCAGGACCGAUUGCCGGAUAAUGACAAUGACAAUGACAAUGACAAUGACAAUGACAGCACCGGUAGUAGGAGGAUGGCCUUCGUGGAAGAUGACGGACAGGACGACUUGCAGGAACUUCAUCUCUACCUGCCCAUCCCCCUGAAUAGCGAUGUUUCCAGCCCUAAUAGCCGCAUCUCACAAGAGGACACGGAAUCUCUGCUAUUGUUCCGUAACCUCUUUGCUUUUUUAUUAGGACAGUCGCUAAUUGCAACGCCUCGCUCCCCUUCUCUUUUUGCUAUCUUCAUGGAUGUCGCCACACUACUCUCUCGGUUCGAAUUUACUAACUUCGAUGGAUCCAACUUCGGCGAAACCGCAACCACGAGCUUUGGAAAUUACUGUGACGAGUUACACCUGGCAGAUGUUCGCAAAAGCCGAGAGAAGACAAUUGAAGCGAUUGUUCUGGGCGAGCGUCUACGCUUCUUCCCGCUGUAUCUUGAAGGCUUCGUACAUGGUGUGGGUAAACUGGAUGAACUCAAGCAGCUGAGGAGUCCCAAGUUCGGCCUCAUCAGCGCUGCAACCCAGAAGCGCCUGGAAAGAGGCUUCAUCGACCUGGAUACACGUCUUCGAGUUCUAUACGGCAAGCUCAAUGACUUCGAUUUCCCUUCUGCAUUUGCCGGUGCUGCCAAUUCGACCACGUCUGCCGAAAGCAAGGUGGUCCGCUUCAAAGCGUGGAAGGCUGCAUUUAUGGAUAUGCGACGUCAUACCAUCCAGUAUUACCGACAGAGAUAUGGCUCAUGGCCUCCCAAGGCACGGUCUAAGAAAAACCAGUUUGAAGAGAAUGGCCUCAAUCGCCGAGUCUUGAUGGAGCUAUAUAAUGACUUCGCCAACCUCUACGAUAUGCUGGUCGAUCGGUCUUCCCUCACUACCCGGACUGUAGAUAUGGGUGCCGAGGAGGUAGCAGAAGCUGAUGACCUCAACACAAUGACAAACAGGGCACUCCGGCAGGUCUUGAGCGAGUAUGAUAGAAGCACACCGCCCGUCCAGCCUCCCAUUCCUUUCGAUAUCCCGCAGUUCCCCUCGCUGCAACCGCUCCAGCGCAAGCCUAUGGAUGCCAAGAAGGAAGCCAAAAAGAACGCAAAAAAGCUUAAGGAUGCCGACAUCAAUGCUGUCCUGAUGGGAUCCUACACCCGUGAGAGUCUCAAGCCGACUCCAUUCAUCGAGUCAUUUAUGCAAUUCGAGCGUCGAUGUGGCCAUGGGAAGACCAUCAACGACCUUAUAGAUCUUCGAUGUGGUCAGUGGAUUUUCCUGUACUGUGUCAUCCAGUCACUUCCCUUGCUUGUGGUGGAUGUGCAGGAUGUCAAGUACACGGAUGGAGUCGAGUACUUCUGCUGUAUCGCCCCUAGGGGUGGUGCUCCUUGGAUUCAGAAUGAUGGCAAAGUGGCUCGGAGUUGGUUUGGCGUGGCAGGCGGGGCCGGUGUCGUCAGUCUGCCGUCUGAUGUAGUCAUCAAUGGCGUGGAGGGCAUCUAUCGGCGUAGUCACUGCUGGCAGGUUGCCGAGCAAUGGGCGGAAAAGGAUGCCAUUUUGGCGCCCCCAACGGUUGAGGAUCCUUAUGACAACGAGUCGUCGUUGUCUUCGCCCUACCAAGCCCAACAAUCGUCUGCAGGUUCGUCAGCGGAACAUCAACAGCAACAACCCACUCCCCUCCUGGCACCAGGGGGUAAUGGCCUCACGCCUCCUCCAGUCAUUCCCCGGACAAACUCCCCAGCCUUGAGAAGCCGAGUGGAACAUCGACACUCCAUCUACCCAGGUCUCGAAGCACUUCCGCUACCAGCUGGUGUUGCCCCGAUUGACCCACCUGCCAGGCCCAUCAGCAGGUUCAAUCCCAACAUGAGUUUUGAUGACAUUUUGAAACAGGUUCCAAAUCAAAAAGGGAAGAAAUAA